UAUUUUUUUAAUCAGAGAAAGAAUGACACCUGUUAAACCUGAAGUUAGUAUUACUUUUUCACAUGGAAGCAAGCUGUGUAGUUUGCAAGAAUAAAGGAAGUAGAAGUGAGGUACUUUCUUCCUGUGGCGCCAUGAAUGAUCUAUCCCUCGUUCGUUCCCCCCGUAGAACUAUGCUAAUUUAGGUUCACUUCACAUAUGCCGAGAAUAUUCCUUCGUGGACCCUAUUUCCGCGGCAACCAACGAUCCACAAAUCUCAAUUUACCAUUUUCAACUCAUUUAUUAGUCUUCCCUAACCAGACUCAUUUUUAUGGGACCAUUACAAAUGAACUGAGUGAGGAAUAAAAUCAAACACAUCAUCGACACCUCAAUGGCUUCACCAUCCCGUAACAAUCUAAAUAUUGCCUCCGUUUUCUGGAAUCAAUUUUGUUUCUUUCUUAUUAUCUUUUUCAAUAGCUUGCUUCCAUUUUUGUAAUUCAUUCAAUGCUUCAAAUUCUAGGUUUUGCCCCUUUUGUGUUUCUAUUGCUCGUCAUUCGGAGCACGGCAAGGCCUUUGUAUCCACUUCCGGGAAAAGGUAACCAUGGAAGUAGACAGCCUCUUCAAACUUUUCGCCCGUAUAACAUUGCACAUAGGGGUUCAAACGGAGAACUUCCGGAAGAAACUCAUCAAGCUUACAUGAGAGCUAUUGAGGAAGGUGCAGACUUCAUUGAAACUGAUAUCUUAUCUUCCAAAGACGGUGUUCUUGUAUGCUUCCAUGAUGUUAUCCUUGAUGAUACUACUAAUGUAGCAAAUUACAAAGAGUUUGCUGAUCGGAAGAGAACAUAUGAAGUUCAAGGGGUCAAUACCACUGGAUAUUUUAUUGUGGAUUUCACUUUAAAGGAACUAAAGUCAUUGAGGGUGAAUCAGAGGUUUAGCUUUAGGGAUCAACAAUUUAACGGAAAAUUUCAAAUAAUCACUUUUGAAGAGUUCAUUACCAUAGCAUUGGAUGCACCCAGAGUUGUUGGAAUAUAUCCUGAAAUUAAAAAUCCAGUACUCAUCAAUCAGUAUGUGAAAUGGUCGGGUGGAAAAAAAUUUGAGGACAAAUUUGUGGAAACACUUCACAAAUUUGGAUACAAGGGUUCAUACCUGUCAAAAAAUUGGUUGAAACAACCUGUAUUUAUUCAGUCCUUUGCUCCAACUUCACUUCUGUAUAUUUCAAAUCAAACAGACUUGCCCAAGGUGUUUUUAAUCGAUGAUGUUGAUAUUCCAACACAAGACACUAAUCAGUCAUAUUGGGAAAUUACAUCUGAUACAUACCUAGACUACAUAAAGCAGUAUGUUCUGGGAAUCGGACCUUGGAAGGAUACGUUGGUUCCUGUGAUAAAUAAUUAUGCGAUGACUCCUUCUGAUCUUGUUUCCAGGGCACAUGCUCGUAAUCUGCAGGUGCAUCCAUACACUUAUAGAAAUGAGAACAAGUAUUUGCAUUUCAACUAUAGUCAAGAUCCUUACAAGGAAUACGAUUACUGGAUCAACAAUAUAGGAGUUGAUGGUCUGUUUACAGAUUUCACUGGUAGUCUUCAUAAUUUUCAGGAAUGGACCGCUCCUAAUCAUCAUGACAAUACUGCAUCCAAGUUAUUACAUGAAAUAGCUUUGUUGGCAUCCCCUUAUGAAUGAUUUUGAGAUGUCAUAUAUUAUGUAAAAAGUAUGUGUGUUCAGUGCUUGAAUUGACUUAUUUUGUGCUCAGUGUUUGGAUUGACUUAUUAUAUGCUCAGAAGCUUAUUUCAAUA